AUGCCAAUCUUAGGACUCAAAUCCCUCGGCCCAACUCACCCUCCUCAUUUUUCCCUGGAACCUCUUAUUCGACCCAACAUCCUAGCUUUGCAACCCUAUCGCUGUGCGAGGGAUGACUACGACUCUGGUAUCCUUCUCGAUGCCAAUGAAAACGCUAUAGGACCUUCACUCCCCUUUCUCCUAUCUGACUCCUCUUCUGAGCCUUCCAAAGUCAACGGAUCGAACAAUGUCGGAUUGACUCUGUCUGAACUCGAGAGCCUCAACAGGUAUCCUUCACCUACCCACGACGAUUUGAAACGUAGGAUCGCAUCGUUCAGAGGAGUACCUAAUGAAGAUUGGGUGUUUCUCGGUGUAGGUUCAGAUGAAGUGGUAGAUCUUUUAUUCAGAGUGUUAUGUGUACCGGGAAAAGAUAGGGUUUUGGUAACUCCCCCAACUUAUGGAAUGUACAAGGUCUGUGCGGCGAUGAAUGAUGUGGGGGUUGUCAGUGUUCCUUUGAUCACGGAGGGAGGAAAAUUUCAAUUGGAUGAGGAGAAACUCGAAGAAGCAUUCAUAAAAUACCCCGAAAUGAAAAUGAUCUUCAUUUGUUCCCCUAAUAACCCCACUGCCACUCUCAUUCCUAUACCCGUCAUCAGACGUAUAGCCGAGAACAAAAAGUUUAAAGGCGUCGUAGUGGUCGACGAAGCUUAUAUCGAUUUCGCACCGGAGGGAAGUAGCGCCGUUGGGUUAGUCAAGGAAUUUGGGAAUGUGUGUGUAACUCAAACUUUGAGUAAAGGUUUUGGUUUGGCUGGGAUUCGUCUUGGUUACUUAAUCGCCCCUCCCCCUCUCAUCCAAAUCCUAACCAACACCAAAGCGCCCUACAACGUUUCAGUCCCUACCGCUUCCCUAGCCUUGUCGGCUUUAUCAAAAGAAGGUAUCGCACUCAUGUCUUCUACCGUCCAAACUCUUAACAAAAACCGUUCUCGUCUUAUCGAUUCUCUUAAAAGUAUCAAAGGUAUCGGAGGGAUAAUAGGAGGUAAUCAUUCGAAUUUCAUAAUGGCUCAAAUCGUAACAGAUGGUAAAGCCGAUAAUGUCAAAGCUGCUAAAGUGUAUAAAGAAAUGGCGGAAGAAAAAGGUGUGGUUGUUAGGUUUAGAGGGAAUGAAUUGGGAUGUGAAGCUUGUUUGAGGAUUACUGUUGGUACGGAAGAAGAAUGUCAAGUGGCUGUUGAUCGUCUGAAGGAGUUGUUGGAGUAA